GAGGCGAGCCGGCUGAGGGAGGAGGGCCGCCGCCGCCGCCGCCAUGGUGCUCGAGUCGGUGGUGGCCGACCUGCUGAACCGCUUCCUGGGCGACUACGUGGAGAACCUGAACAAGUCCCAGCUGAAGCUGGGCAUCUGGGGCGGAAAUGUUGCACUAGACAAUUUACAGAUUAAAGAAAAUGCACUGAGUGAACUGGAUGUACCUUUCAGAGUAAAGGCUGGACAAAUUGACAAGCUCACCUUGAAGAUUCCUUGGAAGAAUCUAUAUGGAGAAGCAGUAGUUGCAACUCUAGAAGGCUUGUAUCUUCUUGUCGUCCCUGGAGCAAGCAUUAAAUAUGAUGCAGAAAAAGAGGAAAAGUUCCUUCAGGCUAAUAAGCAGAAGGAGCUGUCCAGAAUUGAAGAAGCUCUACAGAAAGCAUCAGAGAAAGAUAAACCAAAGGAAGAGAAGAAAGAUACCUUUUUGGAAAAACUUGCAACACAAGUCAUCAAAAACGUGCAAGUCAAGAUCACAGGAAUCCAUAUCAAGUAUGAGGAUGAUAUCACAGAUCCCAGCAGACCCCUUUCUUUAGGACUGACCCUGGGCGAGCUGAGCUUACUGACUGCUAAUGAAAACUGGACUCCUUGCAUUCUAAACGAGGCUGCAAAAAUCAUUUAUAAGCUGCUGCGUCUCGACUCCCUCAGUUUGUACUGGAAUGUGGACAGUGAAAUGUAUUAUCGUUCUCCCCGGGAACAAAUACUGGAGCAGUUGAAAAGAGGAGUCCCUUCUGUUGGCCGAGAAUCUCCAAACUAUCAGUAUAUAUUUAGGCCGGUGUCAGCAUCUGCAAAGCUGUACAUCAAUCCUCAUGCAGAAAUGGAACUAAAAACUCCCAAGAUUGAUUGGAGCAUGGAAGUACAAAGCAUAGCUGUUGAACUGACCAAGCCUCAGUACCUUAGCAUGAUUGAUCUCCUGGAGUCCGUAGAUUACAUGGUCCGAAACGUCCCAUUCCGAAAGUACAGACCAGACUUACCACUGCAUAAGAAUGCUAGAAAAUGGUGGAAAUAUGCAAUAAAUAGUAUCCUUGAGGUUCAUAUCAGAAGAUAUUCCCGCAUGUGGUCAUGGAGUAACAUAAGGCGCCAUAGGCAGCUUUUGAAAAGUUACAAAAAUGUUUAUAAGAGCAAAUUGACGCAGACAAAAAUAUCCGAAGAAACGCAGAAACAAAUGCAGGAUUUAGAAAAGAUGCUAGAUGUUUUCAAUAUCGUUUUAGCACGACAGCAAGCACAUGUUGAGGUUAUAAGGUCAGGACAGAAGUUAUUAAGGAAGAAAUCCACCGAGGGAGAGAAAAAAGGAGGCGGUUGGUUUAGUGGACUGUGGGGUAAGAAAGAGCCGAAGAAAACAGAUGAAGAAGAGCUUUCAGUUCCUGAAACUAUCGAUGACCUCAUGACACCAGAAGAGAAGACAAAGCUUUUCACUGCCAUUGGUUAUAGUGAGAGUUCUCAUAAUCUUGCAUUGCCUAAGAAGUAUGUUGCCCACGUGGUGUCCCUGAAGCUCUUAAGUACUUCCUUUACAAUUAAAGAAGACAAAAAUGUUCCAGACACUCUUAAGAUCCAGAUUAUUGAUUUAAGCACUAAAAUAUCCCAGAGACCAGGAGCACAAGCCCUUAAGAUAGAAGCCAAGCUUGAACACUGGUACGUCACAGGCCUGAAACAGCAGAAUAUUGUGCCUUCCCUCGUUGCUUCGAUCGGAGAUGCCCAGUCGUGUCUGCUUAAAAUAGAGUUUGAAACAAAUCCUGAGGACAGCGUGGCUGAUCAGAGUGUUAUCGUGCAAUCACAGCCUGUGGAAAUUAUAUAUGAUGCAAAAACAAUCAAUGCAAUGGUGGAAUUCUUCCAGACGAACAGAGGCAUGGAUCUGGAACGCCUCACCACAGCCACCCUAUCAAAGCUGGAGGAAAUUAAAGAAAGGACUGCGACAGGGCUUACUCAUAUUAUUGAAACUCGAAAAGUUCUGGACCUGAGGAUUAAUCUUAAGCCUUCUUAUCUUGUGGUUCCACAGACGGGCUUCCACCAUGAAAAAUCCGACUUUCUUAUUCUGGACUUUGGUACUUUUCAGCUAAACAGCGUCAAUCAAGGCAACUGCCCUACUUCGAACACGUCGCUGGAAGAGAUUAUGGAUAAAGCAUAUGACAAGUUUGAUGUGGAAAUCAAGAACGUGCAGCUGCUGUUUGGCAGAUCAGGAGAAGAUUGGAAGAAGGCUCGGUUUGAGCAUCCAUCGACUCUGCAUGUGUUGCAGCCCAUGGACAUGCACAUACAGCUUGCCAAAUCCAUGGUGGAGAAGGAUAUCAGGAUGGCGAAGUUCAAAGUAUCAGGAGAGCUUCCUUUGGUUCACCUGAGAAUUUCUGACCAGAAAAUCAAGGGCGUGUUUGAACUCAUUGACAGUAUUCCCCUCCCACAGAAGCCGGCGGUUUCACCUUCAAGCACAAAAGCACCUGCCAUUCCUGUUAUUACUGAUAAAAGAAAUGGAUUUCUUGGCACAUCGCUGUUGUUAGAAGGAAUAGAAUCAGAAUCUGAUGAAGAGUACUUUGAUGCCGACGAGUGUUCCAGAUCAGUGGGAAAGAGUCCUGUUAAACGAAGAGAGUUAAAGACGGAAACUGAGGCUGUCCAAGAAGAGCUCACAGACCUUCAGCUGAAGUUCGAAAUUAGGGAGGUGAUUUUGGAACUCACCAAACAACUACAGAGAGAGGAAACCAUAGUUGUGUUCAACGUAAAGCAGCUAGGAACAGAAGCAACUGUCAGAACUUAUGACUUGAGAGCUGUGUCCUAUUUGAGGAAAAUCAGCCUGGAUUAUCAUGAAAUUCAAGGUAAAAACCAGCAACUUCAUCUGAUUAGCUCUUCGGAUAAACCUGGAUUAGAUCUCUUGAAAGUAGAAUACACCAAAGCUAAUAAAAAUGGUCCAAGAUUUCACACGGACUUUGACAACACUGAACAAACAGUUCAGGUGGCUUUCUCCUCGUUAAAUCUUCUGCUGCACACUCAAGCCCUUCUCUCUACUCUCAAUUUUCUCUCGGCUGUUAUUCCUUCAAGGGACUCAGGAGCUGCUGAUGCAGGACCAUUACCAGCACAGGAGGAAAGACAGCACACAGAUGUGAGCUUGAAGAAAGUGACAAAAACUGGCAAAGACAAGGAUGUGUUUGACUUCAAGCUGUUUGCCAAGUUGGAUGCCUUCUGUGUAAACGUCUGCAAUGAGAAGAGCAAUAUUGCUGAAAUAAAAAUCCAAGGUCUUGACUCGUCUCUGUUUCUUCAGUCCAGCCAAACCACCCUCUUUGCACGGCUGAAAGAUAUAAUUGUUACAGAUGUUGAUUCAAGGACAAUUCACAAAAAGGCUGUCUCCAUAGUUGGUGAUGAAGUCUUCAGUUUCAAUUUGGCAUUGUACCCAAACGCUACUGAGGGAGAUGCUUACACAGACAUGUCCAAGGUGGAUGGGAGAGUCUCUCUCAAAGUGGGCUGUAUUCAGAUUGUAUAUCUACAUAAAUUCCUUAUGGCGCUGCUGAACUUCCUGAACAACUUCCAGAUGGCCACGGAGGCCCUGAGUACUGCUACAGUUCAAGCAGCAGAGAAGGCCGCCACGAGCGUGAGAGACUUGGCUCAGCGGAGCUUCCGCCUUUCCGUGGAUAUCCACCUGAAGGCUCCCGUCGUCCUCAUCCCGCAGUCAUCAGUAUCUUACAAUGUGGUCGUCAUUGACCUCGGGUUGAUCCGGGUGCAGAACACAUUCAGCUUGGUAUCAGCUGAGGGCUGCUCACUGCCGCCAGUCAUGGAUAAAAUGGACGUGCAGUUGACGAAGCUGAAGAUGUCCAGGUCUUGUUUGCAGCCAGGCUUUUCGCAGCCUGACAUCCAAAUUCUGCAUCCAAUUAAUCUGAAUCUCUCCGUGAACCGCAACUUGGCUGGAACGUGGUAUCACAAAAUACCCGUGAUGGAAAUCGAAGGACAUCUAGAUAAGAUGAAUAUUAUCCUAAAUCAAGAAGAUUUGAAUGUUCUGCUUAAAGUACUGACAGAAAACCUUGCUGAAGCAGACAAAAACAUAAGCGAGGUGAAACCGAGGACGCAGAGCGAAGGCAGUUUGAAAGAAACGGUGAUAUCGCUGGGAAUUCACAAAGAGAUUCCAUCAGGAAGUAAAUUAUCGGGCACAACCAAAGAAGCCUGGCAUGAAGAUAUUACCAGCAUGUUGCUUAACUUUGAAAUCAAAGAGGUUGCAGUACAAUUAAUGAAGCAGGUGGAGAAGAAGAGCUUCCCUUUACAUACUUUAACAGUGUUGCACCUGGGAACUGAAGGCAGAAUUAAAACACACAGCGUAUCUGCUGCAGCAUACCUAAAAAGAAUCACCAUGAAGUGCCUUGAAUUUACAGACUCCAAAGGAGAUCCACUGAAUAUCAUUAAUUCUUCAGCUGAAGCUGACGAGCAUCUUCUAAAGAUGGAAUAUAUAAAGGCUGAUGAAGAGGGACCACACUUUGCAACACGGUACAGAAGUACAAAGCAAGCGCUCCAUGUGUCCUUUUCUUCUUUAGACCUCCUGCUGCACACGGAAGCCUUGCUGUCCGUCAUGAAUUUUGUCACAUACAGUGUGGCGUCCAGUGGCCCUCCAGCCCCUGAGAAGGGAACGGAAGCAAAACUGCCAGCGGAGGAGCCCAGAACUGCCAUUGCAAAGCCAGCUCCUUCUGUGGUGGCCCACGACAGUGUGUGCGACUUGAAACUCACUGCCAAACUGAAUGCCUUCAAUGUUUUGAUCUGUGAUCAGAAGAGUGAUAUUGCUGAUAUGCGAAUACAAGGCUUGGAGGCAUCUCUUUCUUCAAAGACAAAGGAGACAAGCAUUUUUGCCAGGCUUCGGGACUUUAUAGUAACAAACGUUGAUCCAAAGACAGUUCAUAAAAAGACUGUCUCCAUUGUGGGAGAUGAAGUCUUUCGGUUUGCCAUGUCCCUUUAUCCUGAUGCUACAGAGGGUGAAGCUUAUAUGGAUAUGUCCAAGGUAGAUGGUAAAAUGUCCCUGAAGGUGGGCUGCAUGCAAAUAGUUUACCUGCAUAAAUUCUUCAUGUCGCUGCUGAACUUCCUAAAUCACUUCCAAGCUGCAAAAGAAGCCCUGAGUGCAGCCACUGCCCAAGCAGCGGAAAUGGCUGCAUCCAGCAUGAAGGACUUUGCUCAGAAGAGCUUCCGCCUUUCCAUGGAUAUCAACGUGAAAGCGCCAGUUAUCGUCAUCCCUCAGUCGUCCGUCUCUUGUGACGGCUUGGUAGCAGACCUUGGUUUAAUCAGAGUUCAGAAUGAAUUUAAGCUGGUCCAUGGAGAAGAAUCUUCUCUUCCCCCUGUGAUUGACAAAAUGGAUAUCCAGCUAACGCACUUAAAGAUCUCACGGACCGUAAUUGCCAGUGGUUCUCAGCCGGAUAUUGAAAUUUUGCAGCCUGUAAAUCUGCUGUUGUCAGUCCAGAGAAAUCUCGCAGCUGCUUGGUAUCCAAAAAUCCCAGGGAUUGCAAUCAAAGGAGAUUUAAAGACUAUGCAGAUAGCUCUCAGUCAAGAUGACUUAACUCUGCUCAUGAAAAUUAUGCUGGAAAAUCUUGGUGAAGCUGCCGCCCAUUCAGGAGUUACGCAGUCAAGCACACCAGCUGGUCAGAUGUUAAAAAGGGAAAAAGUCACGGCUGAUGCUGAUGUUCAUGAAGAUACUUCCGUCACUUCAGGACAGAGAAAUAUUUGUGAACUACAGCCUGCAGAAACUGUGGCCCUUACAUUUGCAUUUGAUUUUGAAUCACUUUCCAUUGUUCUCUACAAUAUUGAUGACAAUCAGAAAUCUGUGCUUUCACUCCACAAUAAUAGUCUGCGUCUUGGAGAACUCAGGCUGCACCUUAUGAGCUCAGUAGGAAAAAUGUUUUCAAAUGGCGCUAUGGAUGUUAACCUGACGCUGAAAAAAUGUACACUGGAUGAUCUCAGAGAAGGUAUUCAGAAAGCAACCUCCAGAAUGAUAGAUAAAAAAGAUGACCAAAGCAAUAAUGUCAUGAUCGAGAUCAACUACAAGCAAGAUAAAAGUGGGAGCAACGUUGUAGCCAUCCUGGACAAACUCUAUUUGUGCGCCAGCGUGGAGUUCCUACUGACGGUAGCGGAAUUCUUCCUCAAGUCAGUGCCAGAAGCCUCCUCAGAAGGGUCUGCCCAGAUCCAGUUAAAGCAUACGACCACUGGGAAGCCAAAGCCAGAAAAAGAUGGAACUCUGCGGUCCAGCAUGAAGAUGAGAGCGUGUAUCACAGAUCCAGAAAUUGUGUUCGUUGCCAACUUGACCAAGGCUGAUGCUCCCGCCUUAGCAGCUUCCUUCCAGUGUAAUUUCAGUUUGUCUGCGAGCCCUCAGGCGCAGGAGAUGUCUGCGGAAGUGAAGAGCCUGAAAGUGCUUGCCUGCCCUUUCCUCCGAGAGAGAGGAGAAAAGAAUAUCACAACCGUUGUACAGCCGUGUUCCUUGAAAGCCACAGUGCAUACUGCAGAAGCACAGAAAGUGUCUGUGACAAUAGACGAAUUUAUUGUAAAGGUUUCACCAAUAAUUCUCAAUACUGUCGUAACGAUCAUGGCUGCCAUGAAGCCAAAGCCGAAGGAAGAAGAAUCCGGAGUGGUGGAUUGCGGGGCAGAGAGCCUUUGGGACACCAGGUCUAUUGACCAGUGCCACUAUUGGUUUCUCGGUGUUGACGUAGCCACAGAAGCAACGGAAUCAUUCCUAGGAAGCGAGCAGGCUGUGAAAACAGAGAGCUUUGAUUUCCAGAUGAAGUCUGUCCAGAUCACGUUGGAGUGUGGCUUGGGACAUCGUACCGUCCCCUUACUGUUAGUGGAGUCCACGUUGGCAGGAAGGGUGAAGAACUGGUCUUCUCUUAUGAGUGCCAGAGCUGACAUGACCUUGGAGGUUCACUACUACAAUGAAACUUACGCAGUUUGGGAGCCCCUUAUUGAGCGGGUUGAGAAGGGAAGCCGACAAUGGAACCUGAAGUUCAAAAUGAAGACUAACCCUGUGCAAGAUAAAAGUUUGUUGCCAGGAGAUGACUUCAUUAUUCUUCCUGAGCCUCAAACGUCCAUUAACAUCUCUUCAAAGGACAUCAUGAAUAUAACCGUCUCAAAGUGCUGCCUUGCGGUCUUCGAUAAUCUAGCCAAGGGGCUUUCAGAAGGAGCUGCUUCCACUUUUGACUAUUCUUUAAAAGACAGGCCUCCUUUUACUGUGAAAAACGCCUUGGGCAUUCCCAUCAAAGUUCAUACGAGCAGAAAUCUCCAGGUUGUUGGAUCCGCUUCAAGCAAAGAUAUUUAUGAUGUCGGAGUUGGUCAGAAGUUGGAAUUAGAAUACGCUGCACUGGAACCCCUGCGCAGAGGAAAGCUGUCCGUCUUCCAUCGCCAAGAGAGUUCCGUGUUCACUUUGGCCCUUGUACCUGAGGGAUACACGGAGGUGGCCAAUAUCCCCAUAGCAAAACCGGGGCGAAGGCUGCACAAUGUAAGGAAUCCUCUCUUUGACCAUUCUAACUCCGUUCUGGUACAGAUAGAUGCAGUGGAAGGAAACAAAGUUAUCACUGUGCGCUCCCCUCUGCAGAUUAAAAACCACUUCUCUGUUCCAUUUAUCAUUUACAAACUGGUUAAGAGUGUUAAACAGUUGGAACCCAUUGGUGUUUCCAAGCCAGAUGAGGAAUUCCAUGUCCCGUUAGAUUCAUACAGGUGUCACCUGUUUGUGCAGCCAGCUGGGAUCUUAAAAGGCCAAUAUAAUCCAUCCACCACUUACAUAGCGUGGAGAGAAGAACUCCAUAGGAGCAGUGAAGUCAAGUGCACACUGCAGUGCCCGUCGACUGAAAAUAACUUCCUGCCGUUAAUACUGAACACAGCUGCUGUGCCUGAUGACCUCACCUUCAUUGCAACCCAUGGGGAGAACUGGGAUCCAGCCUACAUUAUUCAUCUGUAUCCAACUCUCACCCUGAGGAAUCUUCUCCCGUACUCAUUACGGUAUCUGCUGGAGAGGACAGCAGAGGCCCGUGAGCUGCCAGAAGGGAGUACUGCUGACGUUCUUCAUUCACGAUUCAGUGGUGAAAUAGUGGAGCUGGUCCUGGUGAAAUAUCAGGGUAAAGACUGGAAUGGCCACAUUCGACUCAGUGAUGCCCUGCCAGAAUUCUUUCCUGUGUGCUUCACAUCGAACUCGGCAGAGAUGACAACAGUGGAUUUGCAUAUUCAUGUUAGGAAAGUGGGCUGCCGAGUGAUCUUGUCUGUGUUCAGUCCUUACUGGCUUAUCAACAAAACUUCCCGUGUUCUCCAGUAUCGGGCUGAAGACAUGCAUGUGAAACACCCAGCAGAAUAUAGGGAUAUCGUCUUAUUUGCCUUCAAGAAGAAAAACAUUUUCAGUAAAAAUAAGAUCCAGCUAAGCAUUUCAACGAGUACGUGGUCUAGCGGCUUCUCUCUAGAUACAGUAGGAAGUUACGGCUGUGUGAAGUGCCCAGCCAACUUCAUGGAUUUUUUGGUUGGCGUUAGCAUCAAAAUGAGCAGUUUCAAUUUGACCAGAAUAGUUACUUUGACUCCAUUCUACACCAUUGCCAACAAGUCUUCCUUUGAAUUGGUAGUAGGAGAAGUGGCUGCUGAUGGUGCUCUGCCUACUAAUAAAUGGACAUAUUUCUCAGCUUCGGAGUGUCUCCCGUUUUGGCCAGAAAACUUGUCUGGCAAGCUGUGCAUCAAAGUGAUCGGCUGCGAAAGUGUCUCCAAACCAUUCUUCUACGACAGACAAGACAACGGGACUUUGCUGAGCUUGGAAGAACUGAACGCAGGCAUUGUGGUCGAUGUGAAUGUAUCUGAUCAUUCAACGGUUAUUAACUUCGCAGACUAUCAUAAGGGAGAUGCUCCAGCUCUCAUCAUAAACCAGACGCCCUGGGUCCCUCUUAAGUACAAGCAAAGUGGGUUACAGGAGGAGAUGCAGCUAAAGCCACGUGAGGUGAAGCUGUUUGCCUGGGCAGAUCCCACCGGAACUAGAAAAAUUUCCUGGACAUAUGCACAAAAUGCUGGGGAACAUGGCCUUCUUAAGGAUGAGUGUGGCCAGUUUCCUUACAACUCUAACACCCAGAUACACUGGGUCUCUUUCUUGGAUGGACGCCAGCGGGUGCUGCUCUUUACAGAUGAUGUUGCGUUAGUUUCCAAAGCGCGGCAAGCCGAGGAGAUGGAGCAACCUGAUCAAGAAAUUAAUGUCUCGCUUCAUAGCCUUGGGCUUUCCCUGGUCAACAAUGAAAAUAAGCAAGAAAUCUCUUACAUAGGGAUUACCAGCUCGGGAGUGGUCUGGGAAUUAAAACCAAAGCAGAGGUGGAAGCCGUUUAACCAAAAACAGAUAAGCCUCUUGGAGCAGGCUUAUGAGAAACAUCUUUCCGGUGGACUUGCGGAGUCUUCUGGCUGGGUUCGAGUAGACAGCAAUCUGGAGGUAAACUUUAACAAGACACCAAUGGAAAUGCGCCUUCCCAUCAAAUGCAACAUCAAGCGAGAUUUCUUGUCUGGCAUCCAAAUUGAAUUCAAGCAAUCACCUCAUCAACGGAGCAUACGGGCCCAGUUAUACUGGCUGCAGGUUGAUAACCAGUUGCCCGGUUCCAUGUUUCCUGUUGUAUUUCAUCCUGUAGCUCCUCCCAAAUCCAUAGCAUUGGACUCAGAACCCAAACCAUUCAUUGAUGUUAGUAUCAUCACUAGAUUCAAUGAGUACAGUAAAGUGUUGCAAUUCAAAUAUUUCAUGGUUCUCAUCCAAGAGAUGGCGUUGAAAAUAGAUCAAGGAUUUUUAGGAGCUAUAAUUGAACUUGCCACUCCGUCGACAGACCCAGAAGCUGAAAGACAAAGGACAAAGUUAAUUCAAAAGGAUACAGAUGCUCUUAAUACAGAGUUGAUGGAGUCGUCCACGACUGAUGCGUCCACUCUUGGCUUCUUUGAGCACUUCCAUAUUUCUCCUGUGAAGCUACAUUUGAGCCUUUCUUUGGGAGCUGGUGGGAAAGAAUCUGAUAAAGAAAAAGAGGAAAUGAUUGCAAUCCAUUCAGUUAAUCUGCUGUUGAAGAGCAUUGGGGCCACUCUAACAGACGUGGAUGAUCUUAUAUUCAAACUGGCUUUCUUUGAAACCAAGUACCAGUUUUACAGAAGAGAUCAGUUGAUGUGGAGAGUUAUUACACAUUACAGCGAACAAUUCCUGAAGCAGAUGUACGUCCUGGUGCUGGGCCUCGAUGUCCUAGGAAAUCCCUUUGGCCUAAUCCGAGGCUUGUCAGAGGGCGUGGAAGCGUUUUUCUAUGAGCCAUUCCAGGGAGCUGUCCAAGGACCUGAAGAAUUUGCUGAGGGUUUUGUGAUUGGUGUCAGAAGUCUGCUUGGUCACACAGUCGGUGGAGCGGCAGGUGUGGUAUCUCGGAUCACUGGCUCUGUUGGUAAAGGUCUGGCUGCCAUCACCAUGGACAAGGAAUAUCAGCAGAAGAGGAGAGAGGAGAUGGGCCGUCAGCCGAAAGACUUCGGGGACAGUCUCGCCAAGGGAGGAAAAGGCUUCCUAAGAGGGGUCGUUGGGGGAGUGACUGGGAUAGUCACGAAACCUGUGGAAGGUGCCAAAAAGGAAGGUGCAGCUGGCUUCUUCAAAGGCAUUGGGAAGGGGCUGGUUGGCGUGGUGGCUCGCCCCACAGGAGGCAUCAUCGACAUGGCCAGCAGUACGUUCCAAGGGAUCCAGAGGGUGGCAGAAUCUACUGAAGAAGUGGGAAAUCUCCGCCCCCCCCGUCUUAUUCGUGAAGAUGGCAUCAUUCGACCCUAUGACAGAAGUGAAGCCGAGGGAUAUGACUUAUUUGAGAAUUCUCAUAUCAAGAAGCUGGAAGGAGAGAGCUUCCGGUCCCACUGUGCCUUCCCAGGAAACAAGAAGGCACACCUUGUAAUUACUAACAGGAGGGUGUUGUGCAUCAAGGAGGUGGAGAUCCUUGGGCAUGUAACAACAGACUGGGAUUGUUUAUAUGAAGACUUUACUCGCCAACCUGCUGUGGUUGAAACUACACUACAAAUCUUUGUUAAAGAUCACGGACUCUUAAAGUUCCACAAAAAAGACAGCCCAGGACAAGAGAUGCUAAGGAAAAUCCAGUUCAGCAAUGCAGAGGCAGCAAAGAGGGUUUGCCGCGCCAUCGAUGAAGCACAAGCAACACGGCAGCAGCAGAAGCUGGUGAAACAAGCCUCUCUCAAGCUGGGCAGGCCCCAGGGCCCUCCUUAGCUGGCGCUGUUCAUUGGGAUGGCCUGCCCGGGUGGGGGGUGGGGGGGUUCCAGAAACCAGGGGGAUGGGCAGGCCUGCAAAGUGUGGCUCUGCCUCCCCACCCCCAGCAAGUUGGACCCACCUGUACCUCUCAAGAAACUGCGGCUAUGCCAUGUUGAAAAUCUUGGGGUAUUAUAGUUUUCUGCAACAAAAAUAUAAGAGAUGGACGACUGAACUGGCUCCUGCUUUAUGUUCAUCAUUACUAAAAAGUGACCAAAACAUUUUAAUUUUUGUUACAGUGGGCAAUAAAUGUAACACAAGCAUAUCAAGUACACAAACAAAACUGCCCCCUAGAAUCUUGUUUAGUGUGUCCUGGUAUAUAUUUUAUAAUGUUGAAGAUUGCUUCUUUUAGUACAGGGUUUUUUUCCUCCCCCCCCCUCCCCCACCGUCCUUUUAUCUUUCAUCAGAAGACGUUGCACUUUGAAUGUGUAUUUUGAAUUUAAAAUGUUAUCUUUCAAGCUUAUAUGAACUCUGGUUACUCUAGAAAUGAAGGCAUUGCUUGAAAAAUGUGCUGUGCUGCUUUCUCCGGGUUUGCAGGAGGAUGAGAUUUCUUAUUUUGCUACUGAUGAGAAAAUCAGUUAAUCUGACUGUAUUUGCACAAUGGGAAGCUGACGCACGAACUGGCUUUCCUACACUAAGCCAUGGUACCCUGUUCAUGUUGGUCAAUAAGCACACUUUAAGAGACACUGAUACUGGAUGAACUCUUGGUUUUAAAAAACCUUUGGCUGGAAGGUGGCUGGCACAAUGCUUUGCAGCAGGUGUACUAGCUCAGACAGGCUCAGGGACACAACAGCGUAUGUGGAAUUGCUGGACUCGGAUUAAUCUGUUCAGUUUAACUGUCUUGUAAACUAAACAAGUCGGGGGAGGGGUUAAAAUCAUGUUCACUGAGGAAGCGCCUCGGAAUCCUCUGACCGAGCGCAUUUCAGCAAGGCACAUUUGCUGGGGGUGGGGGGUGGAUCUGUGCUUUAGCUCACUGCUUUGUUGACAAGAAGUUUCGUACUUUGGAAAUGGGGUGUUAUAAAGUGAGUCCUCUUCACAGACCAGAUACCCAAUCAAGUAGUCCUGCUGCCAGACUUCUGCUUUACAAAUGAAGGGGGUCUCUAUUUAAAAUUCAGUAUUUCACAAGUGUUUUAAUGCUCCCUCCCUUGGUGAUAUUAAAAGGCUUAUUUGCCUUUGCAAAUAUUUUGAUGUAUGGAUUUUUUUUUUAAUACGCACAUUUCACCUUUGGUAGUUCAGCCGUAGGCUAGGCAUCAGCGUGCUACCCAAUUGCUAACUACAUUGAAUGCAUUAAUUCUUUUCAAUGUACUCAGCCUUAAUUCCCAAAGAAAAAGUCUAAUAAUCAAAAUUGCAAAGCGAUAUAAAUGUGGAUCUGGUGUUUUGCAAUUCUAUACUGAAUCAAGAGAAACAGAGUUUUGUUUAUCUUGGCAAAAGCCACUUCCCAGAGCUGAGAAUUGUACUGCCAAAUACUGAUUUUUUUUAAAAAAGGAAGAAAAGAAAAAUUGCUUUUUGUUGUGAUGUUUUUAGCAUACCUUUCUGCAUAAUGUUACACACUUACCUAGACAAGUCAGAGAUGCAACAAGGCAUUAUGUCUUGCUCAUUGGUUAGCAGAUGGAAGACCUCGUACUCAGUUCAGUAACCAUCUUUGGGUAAGCGCUAUAUAAUGUUUGUAUUUUCUUCGUUUCCAUCACUGUGUAUACAGUACUACUGCCAAAUAAAUGAUUUUAUAUGCA